AGUGGUGCGGUCCGAGGCGGAAGCGACGCCGGCGCGGAACUCGCUCUGCCGCAACCAUGGCUGCGGCUGUCCCCUGUGCUUUGGUGACCAGCUGCUCCGCCACCUUCACCGGGGACCGGCUGGUGCAACAUAUCCUUGGAACAGAAGAUGCUGGUGUGGAAGCAACUUGCGGUGAUACCGUGCGGUUUUACCCCUGGACCAUUGAUAACAAGUACUACUCAGCGGAGGUCAAUCUGUGCGUGGUGCCUAGCAAGUUCCUGGUCACUGCUGAGAUGGCGGAGUCCGUGCAGGCGUUUGUGGUUUACUUUGACAGCACACAGAAAUCGGGUCUUGACAGUGUCUCCUCAUGGCUCCCCCUGGCAGAAGCGUGGUUGCCUGAGGUGAUGAUCCUGGUCUGUGAUAGAGUGUGUGAAACUGGGGUAAACCGACAAAAGGCUCAAGAGUGGUGCAUCAAACACGGCUUUGAGCUGGUGGAGCUCAACCCCGACGAGCUGCCUGAGGAGGACGAUGACUUCCCUGAAUCUACAGGGGUAAAGCGGAUUGUACAAGCAUUGAAUGCCAAUGUCUGGUCCAAUGUCGUGAUGAAGAACGACAGAAGCCAGGGCUUCAGCCUUCUCAACUCUCUGGCUGGAGCAAACCGCAGCAUUGCAUCAGCAGAGCGCUGUCACUCUGAGCAGCAGGCCCCGCUGCCAGCAGCUGAGAGGAUGGAGUCUCUUCCUGGCCAUCGUGGUGGUGCAUGUGGCUCAGCAGGUGCACAGGUGGACAGCAUUGUGGAUCCCAUGUUAGACCUGGAUAUUCAGGAACUAGCGAGUCUCACCACUGGAGGAGGAGAUCUGGAGAACUUCGAGAGGCUCUUUUCAAAGUUGAAGGAAAUGAAAGACAAGGCUGCGACGCUUCCUCAUGAGCAAAGAAAGCUGCAUGCAGAAAAGGUGGCCAAAGCCUUCUGGAUGGCCAUAGGAGGAGACCGAGACGAGAUCGAAGGCCUUUCUUCUGAUGAAGAGCACUAAAUUCUUCCGCUAGGUUUGACCGGCGCUGACGUCAGCCCUGUACACUCAGAGCGCUUCCCUUCACAACCAGGUUCUGCUCUGCCAAGAUCACUGUUAUCAUGCUGGCCGCCUGACUGGUUUUGGGGUUCCCUUACCUGGGCUUUUAGAAAGGAACGAGGGAGAAAUCUUUGCUGCUGGGGCAUCAGGGAAGGAGUGAAAUAACAGUGGAGAGACAUCUUCAGAUCUACACUCGUCGUUUUAAGAACCAGGGUAGAAUGGGUCUUAGAGGUCUGUGUUACAGGAGAACCAGGUGUCAUAGAGCACACCGUGAUCCCAGCACAUGGGGACUGAGGCCAACCUGGGCUCCAUAAGGAGGCCGGCUUCGGUGCUGAGUCACCAGCAUUCACACUGGCUGAAGGUCGAGAGUUUGUGCUGUUUCCUGUGUAUUUUCCCUGGUCCCCACUAAGAGCAAGGCUCUGACCCAAGAUGGAGACAGCUGUAGAUCUAGUGUGUACCUGGUGAGUAGGGGACAGGAGGCUCUUGGGUUUGUCUCUAAGCAAGUCCUUGAGGACAUUUUAAGGUUAGUGUCUGAGUUCCUGCCACGGAGAAGUAAAAGUCAAGUGUGUAGCUCUAAGAAACAGAGGUGAAAGUUUCCUCCUCUGGGGAGGGUAAACCACCCCUCUCCCCAACUGCAGAGCAGGGGCCCUGAGUGCAGCCCUGUGCGGACCGAAGGAGAAGGGGCGUUGGUUCUGAGCACACUGCUGCCAUACUGGUGGGAGCGCUCGCUCUUCUGACCAAGCGCUUUCCCCGGCCACUUGAGAUUUCAGAGCUGUGCCAUCGCACUUUCCACCCUGAAAUCAAGACAAGUGCCUCUUCCUUCUGCUUGGAAGCCGGAGAUCACUGUCAGAGCGCUAGCAUCAAGCAGCAGGGGAAGGUGAGCCAUCGAACAACCAGCUCCUGAGCCACCACCGUGAUUUACUCCCAGGGCUGUUGGCCCCCUGCAUUCCUCCCAUGUUGUGUCUGAGUGCUCCCCAGGGGAGCACAAAGCAAAGUUUUAAAGGAAGAGAGGAGAGUCCAGCAAAUAAAGACCCUUAUUCUAUCUUCAUAGGUGCGGCCCAUGACAGAUGGCACCCAUCAGGGGCUGAGAACUGGUCCUGACAAGGCUUACCUGCCCUGGGUACCACUUAUAGGACCUGAAACAGAUGCUUGGCCAGGCCGGAACCACCACAGGGAGGAGACACGCACACACGCAUGCACACACUGAUCUUACAGUCUUUGAGCUUGGGUUUACCACUCUCCCUUCAGUAGGACUGAUACUUUGAAAUGAGUGCAUUAGCCAUGCUUAAGAAGGAAAAUUAGGGAAGUUGGCUCUGGGUUGCCAGGAGGGCAGAACAUGUUUUACUUAAAACAUGGAAGAGUUUAGAAAAUAGAGGCCACAUGAUUAAGGAAAAAUAGACUAGAAAAGGUUGUAUUUGAUUUUGCUGACUAAACAAAGCCAGGUAAUUAAAAGACGAUUUAUUUAUAAA